ACAUUAUUUUCUGGAACUGUUGCCGAAAAUAUUGGAUAUAGGGAUAGAAUGACUGGUAUUGAUAUGGAGAGAGUGAAGCUUGCUGCAAGAACUGCAGGUGCAGAUGAAUUUAUUGAAUCACUUCCUCUUAGCUAUGAGACAAAUGUUGGACCUAGGGGCUCAAUUUUUAGUGGAGGGCAGAAGCAAAGAAUAGCUAUUGCUCGGGCACUUUAUCAGAAUCCAUCUAUUCUGAUUUUGGAUGAAGCUACUUCGGCAUUAGACAGCAAAUCAGAGUUAUUGGUGAGACAAGCUCUGCAGCGGCUGAUGCAAAAUCGUACUGUAAGUAAAAGAAGCUUCUAUAGUUUUGUUUAUUGUUCAGUACCAUGGCUUCUCCACUUCCCCUCUGUCCCUCGUCAUUAUUUUACAAGACAAGUUAGAACUCAGGUCCUCUCUAUUAACCAUGAUAAAGCAUAUCUAUUGGAAAUAAUUACAAAAAAACAAAAUGCCUGUUUUGAUAAAGCAGGGUUCCCCCCACAGUAGAUGAGUGAUGAGACAUAGUUAACAGUGUCCAGAAGAUAUAGAACCUUGCAUUACAUCUGGAAGGGGAGUAAAUGGCUUUUAAUUCCUCUUUUCUGUGGUGGAGAAUCUGAGCUUCCAACUCAACACCAUAAGGCUAUGACUUGAGUGCCCCAAGACUUUUGUAGACCUCUUUGGAAGUCCUUACAUAGUCCAUGGGAGUCACUAUGUAACUCAACAAAAGUUAACUUGUUAUGACGGGUGUAUGUAAAGCAAAUUAAACUGAUUAACUGACGCCGAGAAUGGGAUCACUAAGAGGUUGGAAAGUAGACAGAGGAGCAUUGUGUCUGCUCAAUCGAUCUUCCGAGUAGGGAUGUUUGUGAAGAUUUGAAGUUCUCUCCUUUCCUUUGCCCACUUGCCCCUCGUAAUCACGGAGGCUGGCAAGGUUUGUAAUUCCAGAUUAGAAGCAAAUCAUGAUGUCUGGAACAUUUCUCAUAUCAUUUGUGUUUUCCUCAGUAUGUCUUCACAUCUUCCAUGUUGAGAUGCGAUGAAAAACAACAUAAACUUGUUUGCACCCAAACUUUGGUGAAGACCACUUCUUUUCCGUUCUAUUCCUUUUUGGUAAUGGACAUCCACAAAGGAUAUGGUUGAACUGGUAUAAGCGCAGAGUGGAAAACACUUUCACAUUAUUAUAUGUUAUGUUAUGCUCUUCAAAUCAGGAUCUAUAAUUUCUGAAAUUUAAGUAGUGCUAUUAUCCCAAGAGGGAUGGGUAAAUUGUACAUACUUAGGAUUUGAACUUUCAACUUAGAGGAAUGAUGUGGAGCCCUUCCAAGAGCCUGAACUGGUACGGCGCUGAUGUUCUUAAAUCUGUCUCAGCUGGACUUUUACUUUACAAAAAACAAUUCCUGCGUUGCAUAGUACUAUGCGAUCCAGGUGACACAGCUACUGAUUAUCACAGUCUGAAAUUUUAUUAUUAUUGUUUUAUGUACCAGAGAGUAAGAUUUGUGUGGAUACCUCUUAAUGAAGAACUUUCUGGACCUUGCCCUGUGUACUUUUAUUUUUCUUUGUUGAAUGGAAGAACUGAGUUUGUGGCUAUUUUUAGAUCUGACAUGCAUCAUAUGUAGCCAAAGAAUCAUGUUCAUUCUUGUCGAUCAAACAUCCUUCACGAAUGCUGUUGAAAACAUGCACGUAAUGCGGCAAAUUUGCUGUUGAAAACGUGCACGGGAUGUGGCAAAUUUGCUGUUGAAAACGU